AUGGCAAUUGUCAAAGCCGAGGAGAAGCCACUGGUUUCGGACCCGUCCACCCUGACCCCAGGGCAGGCGUCGCAGCUGGCAAUCUACGAGUCUGACCUGUGGAAGAAGUCCUGCAGGAACUCAGCAUACCUUUGCAAAGAGAUCCACUACAACACCCUGGCGCGGGAGUGGCGCUGUAUAUGGAGCGAGGAGGAUCAGAAGCGUUCUCUCACAGAACUGCAGCGUGUCCUGGAGGACGUUGCCGUGCCGGCGCUUCGAAGAGUGCCUGGCCUCUUAGGCGUGCAGCGAAUUGUCUGUGGAUGUAAAAAGGAGUUCAAGAUCAUAUGUAAGCUCGGUCUCGAUGCCUUCGAAGACUGGUCCGGCCAGCAGUUCUACCCCGAGGAAGAGACCCUCUUGCGGCACUUGGCAGCGGCUCUCCUGGCCCGGCUUCGCGCCGCAGGGGACGCUGCAGCUGCCUCCGGCGAGGGUCUGCUGGCCCGUGAGUGUUACCAAGCCGCCGCAGGCCUCCUGGAGGGCAGCGACGGCACCGACACCUCCCAAUCCGAACGGGCUGAGGUCUUGAUGAGGAUCGGCGACACGUACGUGGAUGAGGAUGUUGCAGACCGUGCUCUCGAAUGGUUCGAGAAGGCUCAGCGCGAGCUUGACAAGGAUUUGAGGUUGGCAGCCCCGCUCCGCGCAUCUUUGUUGGCCCGGCGCGCAGCAGCCUUGGCGCAAGGCGGCGAUGUGCUCGAGGCGCUUGGCGAAGUGGAGGCGGCGAUGAGACUCCUCCAAGGUGACGGCGAGUCGCCAGAGGUGGCUUUGGUCCGGACGGUGCGCUGCGAGCUGCUGCUGAGGGCCGGCAAGCCAGACGAUGCGAUCCAGGAGCUGCGAAAUGUGCGGCCCCGGUCGCCGCGGUCCUCAACAGCCUUGGGCAUGGCCUACGUGGGAGCGCAGAACUACUCUGCAGCCAGGGCUGUGUUGCAGGAAGCCAUCGGGGGGUUCGAGGCUCAAGAGGGCCAGGCCACCCUGUUGGCAGCACGCGCCCUUCGCGGCCUCGGGGUGGCUCAGCGUGAGCUGGGGGAUGCCGCCCUGGCCAAAGAAACUCUCGAGACAGCGAGGACCAUCUUGGAGGCUCGGGGAAAGCUGAGCUCCGAGGAGGGCAGUCGCUGUUUGCUGGCAUUGGGGGAUGCCUGCUUGGAAUUGGACGAGUUCGAAGAGGCCGUCGAGUGCUUUGAGCUCGUGCGCCUGAAUGCGGAGGUUGGAAAAGCCAGUGCGACUGCAGUCGACGUGGAUGACCUCUUCCAGAAGCUUGAAGAGGCGCGCCGGCAGCUUCGCCACGGCGACGCCGAGAAGCUGUUCGGCCCGCCAGAGGAGAGCGACGACACCAAGCCGAAGACAAAAUCGAUGCCUGCGAGCUGUAAGGCGCUGUAA